AUGGCUAGAACUAGAUCCAAAGGUCCUGCUUCACCCGUGGUAAACAAGGUAAAAGGCCCAAGUAAAAUUACCAAACCAGAAAAGUCAACAAAGGUAGUUACAAAGAAGGGUGCAAAGACAGAUGUAGAAGAGGCACAUGCAUCAAAACAGGACAAAUUAUCAUCAAUAAUAAGUAACAAGAUCACUGAUAAAGCAAUAUCCGAGAUCAAGGGCUUUAUUGAGAGGGAAAAGACCAGAAAAGAAGAAGAAGAAUCUCAAAACGCUUCCUCCAAAUCUCAAUUGUUCGAUGAUGAUGACCCGGAUGAUUCAACAUUGACACUUAUUGUUGAGUCAAAAAAGUUCUUCAGUUCAAAACCUCAAUUCAAACCAAAAACCAUCAAGUUAUUCAAAUCUAUCAAUGACAAAUCAUUAAAAUCCUGCUUGAUAAUUCGUGAUCAACUUGUCAAGUCCGACCAAGAGAUUGAAAAGAUUGAAGAAGCAAACUUGCCCACAAUUUCACAGAUUAUACCUUUACAAUCAAUCAAAACUGAAUAUAAACCAUUUGAAAAGAGACGCGAGUUGCAAUCCACCUAUGAUCUGUUUUUUGUAGACGAUGCCGUGCUUAACACCAUGCCAAACUCGUUGGGUAAGAUUUUCUACGAAUCAAGCAAAUACCCACUUCCUUUGAGAGUCACCACCUCAACAAAUAAUAAGGAAUUGUCGUUGACGACAUUAUCAAACCAAUUGGAAAAGUUGUUGUCGAGCACGAGUUAUUUGCCACCACAAGGAACAACUGUAUCUAUCAAGAUUGGGUACAUUAAUGACGAUUUCACACUCGAUGAUUUGAACAAGAAUAUAAAUGCUGUCGCAUCGAGCUUUGAUCUCAAUACCAUCAAGUCAAUUAUGUUAAAGACACCGAAUUCUCCUGCAUUGCCAUUAUAUUACACAGAUAAGUUGUACGAUGAAGGUGAUAUACUAGUUGAGACUAAGAAAGAGGAGACAUCUAAUGGAGAUGAGCUUUCAGCUUUUGAAAAGGGAUUGUUAGAAUUGGGAGAUGCAGAGACUGUUGCCAAAAUCAUUGGUAAAAAGCUAGGAGAGAAAAAGAGAAAGAUUGUAGCUAAAGGAAAAGUAAGUAAAUCUAGAAAGUAG